AUGAAGUCCAGCAACCCAGCCGGAUCUGAACAGGCCCAGGGCUCUGAGGAUAUAUGGAAAGACCCAAAGGUCGUUGAGGAUUAUCGCUCAGCGGAGAAGGUGACGAUUGCCUUUGCUAGGUCACUGGUAGAGCAGUCAGGCAUCUUAUCCAUACGGACAGAAGAGGAACGACUGUCUAUUCUUGAUAAUGCUUGCGGGACAGGGGCCAUUUCGGCCGUUCUGCAUGAGAUGCUUCCUGAUUGGAAGGCUGAGAAUGGGUGGACGUUGACAUGUGCAGACCUGUCCGAGGCGAUGAUUAAUGCCGUCCAGGAAAAAAUAGACGCUGAGGGAUGGACAAACACGGAGACUGUAAUCGUGGAUAUGCAGAAGACCGGAUUGCCGGCCAACAACUACACUCAUGUGUUUGCUUCUUUCGAGUGCCUCCGAAUUCUAAAACCAGACGGAACGCUUGCAUUCACCACCUGGAAGAAAACUGGAUGGAAUGAUGACAUCAACGCUGCCAUUGCUAAGGUAGCCCCUGGCCUUCCACAGCCCACCUCGGAUGAGUUCCUGAUGUCACUCGGGAACGGUGAUGAAUGGCAUAACCCCUCCUGGGUUGAGGCUGAACUGCAGAAACGGGGACUAGAGGAUAUCCAGGUCAAUCUUGUCCAAAAGACCAUCGCGACAAGUACACAGUCGGAGAUGCUGCCUGCGCUCGCUCCUAUCCUGGCGCACAUUCCAGCAAGAUUCUGGAGCGAGGAACAGAGGGAGAAACACGGGUCAGGCUUAGUAUCUGCCGUCUCAGCCUACUUAACGUCAAGAUAUGCCACUGAUGAGCCCAUUCCCAUGGAGUGGAUUGCGAUAGUAGCAACCGCCAAAAAGCCUUAG